AUGACUCCGUACAUGCUGAUACCCUACAAGGACUUCGCUCUGCUGGAUCUGGCUUCAUUUAUCAAGUCUGUCAAGUUAGCGUUCCAUACAUCGAUACUCAGUACGACGGUAAUGUCAUCUGUAAUGGUCCAUUUCCGGGUGGUGCACAUCGCAGGCCUGAAUAUGAUCGAGACGGGUGCGAAUGAACUCAAAGCAUCAUAG